AUGGCAGCGCAGCGGCUGGGCAAGCGCGUGCUGAGCAAGCUGCAGGCCCCGGCGCGGGCGCGCGGCGCGGGGGGCGGGGGCAGCCCCGGGGGGCUGCAGAAACGGCACGCGCGGGUCACCGUCAAGUACGACCGGCGGGAGCUGCAGCGGCGGCUGGACGUGGAGAAGUGGAUCGACGGGCGCUUGGAGGAGCUGUACCGCGGCCGGGAGGCAGACAUGCCGGACGAGGUGAACAUUGAUGAAUUAUUGGAAUUGGAGAGUGAAGAGGAGCGGAGCCAGAAAAUCCAGGGACUCCUGACGUCCUGCGUGAACCCCACAGAGGACUUCAUCCAGGAGCUGCUGGUGAAGCUGCGAGGCCUCCACAAGCAGCCAGGCCACCACCAGCCCAGCCCCUCCAAUGACAGCAGCCUGAGCCCUCGCCAGGACCGUGCACGCACUGCACCCCCGUGAUCCCUCUGCUCCCCCGCCCCACACCGCCCUGGCUUGUUUAUAAGUUGUAUUUAAUGGUUCUGUAACAAUAACAUCGCGUGGCUGUUUUUGCUCUUGCUGG